AUGUCAGGUCUACUAGGAGAAGUCGGCACCCCGUGCCCAUCGAGAUCAUCUCGGUUUGACCGCAGCAGCGGAGAUAGCUCGUUUAGCAAGCUCUGGGAGGAUAGCUUGGAAAACUGUGACGAGACGGCCAACAUCGAAUUCACCACCGAGAUCAAAGCACCGCUUCUUACGGCAGUCAAGCCCCGUCGACGGACAAAGACCGGCAGCUCUUUUGCUAUCCACGAUGAGGGUGAACAGAAUUUCAUACAAACCGCUAACCCGAAGAGAAGGGAAACCCGCCCACCAAUCGCCCCUUCAGGUCGCAAGAUGUCGUUACUAGCCCAGCCGGCUCAAAGGUUCCGUCCGAAGGUUAGCUUCACGGCUAGUCCACCCAGGAAUUUGAAGCCACUAGGAGAGCCCGAGAAGAAAUUGCGGAGUACGAAGCUAGACACCCAAAAGAAUAGGGAGCUUCUGAUGCAGAUUAAUGGGAAUGGACGUCAAACUCCUUCGAAAAGUGCUCUGAAGACUGAUGUACGCCGCAACACGGUGUAUAUCCCGCAAGAUGACACCACGGUUGCAAGCAUGUUUAUGGGUAUCCUCAGCCCUAGCAAGUCUACCAACGUGCAGGACUGCGUCUCGGAGGACACUCAUGUUAACACCUUAGAGUCACAGAUCGCUAGGAAGCGGCAGGCAAAACGUUCUUUGGCCUCAUCUGCGCAGCGAGUUCCGCUUCAACCAAGCACAAAAGUCAAGCAGGAAUCACGUAUUCACGUCGAUAUUGCUGGGAAGAACGGCGGGAAAGAAAAUGUUCCCCCUGGGACUGUUUUUCUCGGCAAGGGUAAGGGCAAGGUUUCUCAGCCCGUGAAGAUCAAUAACGAAUUGGAAAACCCUCGACAAGCUUCGAAACCUGCACAAACUCAACUGUGUGGAUACUCUUCUACAAAGCCCACGAGUCCACUCGCAGCAAGGUCCGUUAACGGUACUGUAAAGCGAACAGUGAUGAGAGAAAGUAGAAACAACGUCAAAGCACCAUCCGCUCAAGUGGCAGGAGAGAGCAACAAGGUGGAAAUGCGAAGAGCAACCGUCAAUCGAACCCCAUCAGUUUCUAGAAACUCGACGUUUCCCAACACGUUGAGGAACUCUGAGAUGCGUGUCAACCAUUCUAAGACCUCGGUAGUGCGCCCUAAACCGAAACAUAUUGAUGACGAGUAUCCGCUGGUGAAGGAGGAUAUCAUAAACCCGGCAAUGUAUGAAGACGACUGGCUUUCUCACCAGGAGAUCAUGAUAACACAACUGGCCAAUAGGCUUUUCGAUCAAACCAACGAGAGGUCAAGCUUCAAAGAUCCAACAGUACUUCGACAUGCACUUCUCCAGCUCUAUCAAAACACGCCAUUUGCACAUCUUUAUAAGAGGGUUCAAGCAUCGUUACUAUAUGGUGCCAUGAGUAUACCGAAGGACGUGCUUGUACGGAAUGACCGGCUGCAGCAGGAUGUGGGAAUGAAGCGCAAAUUCUUAGACUUCUGGAUGCAAACAUAUGACCCACGGGCGUUACGAGCCGCGGUGGAGACAAUCACAGGAAGGAGGAUGACCGAUAGCAAAUUGGCUCAGGAGAGUAGUCAUAGCCAUCUUGAAAUGGACUCUGGCAACGAGAAAGCACUAAAGCGAGGGCUAGAAAACUUCCUAAAUACCUUUUUGCUGCAAAACCAAGACAUGGAGAGACAUGCUAGAGUAUUCGGCGGCGGUGAUUCAGACGAGGUAGGCACAGCAUAUCAUCGAACCGCUCUUCGCAGCAUCAUGAUCAUCAUCCUCUUGGAUAAGGGAAUGGCAAGCUCCGGGACGGCACUUCCUCCUUGUCUUUUCCUUCGUUCAUCCCAGUUCAAGUCCUCUGCCGCUGUGCUCCAAGCUUUGGCUCGCUUUCUCCUACCCUCUUCCGGAGACAUCAUCAAGACGCUUGGUCAUUUAGACUGCCAGUUGGUCUAUGAGCAAAACGCGCUGCAGGAGUACGACUACCAGAUAAGCAACUUAGCUGUCGACAUGAGGGAUGGUGUCCGGCUAACUAGGAUUGUGGAGUUACUACUAUAUCCGACCAACGUAUGUCUCGCAAAUGGAGAGCGUUUGGGGCCGCUUUCACACGGGCUAAAGCUUCCAUGUCUUAGUCGCACGGUAAAGCUGUUUAAUGUGCGAAUUGCUCUGGAUGCAUUGGCUGGCAGCAAAAGCUCCCACAAGCUGGUUCGUCGUAUCCGUGCAGAGGACAUAGUCGAUGGACAUCGGGAGAAGACCAUCGCACUUCUAUGGGGGCUUGUUAGCCAAUGGAGCCUCACGGGGCUUGUCGAUUGGGAUGAUUUGAGCAAGGAGAUCGAUCGUCUGAAACAAAAGGCCAUCUCUCAGUAUGGGCAUGAGUCAGUCAAGGAUGAAGGAUGGUUCAAGAGAGAUUACGAUGGACCAUACGAGCAGAGCAACGAUGCUACAUUGUUGCUUCGACAAUGGGCCUCUAUCCUGGGAUAUUUGAAGGGUCUACAUCUGGAAAACUUCAGCACCAGCUUCGCGGACGGCAAGAUUUACGAAAGCAUUGUGGAUGAGUAUGAGAGCUACAUACUCAAAGGGGAUCAGCCCUCGGCUACGGAACUCAAGGGGCCACUAUCCUCGCUGCAGUCUCGCCUCAGGGCGCUGGGAUGCAGUGCACAGCUCGCGUAUCUCAUUUCUCCUGGCUCUUCAAGAUCGCAUAUCCUCGAUAGUGACUUCACACUGGGGGCACUCACGUUCCUCUGUUCUCGAUUUCUUUCCGCGACCAAGCGUGCUCGCGCGGCGACAGUUUUGCAAAAGAGAUGGCGACGAGUCCUUGCGCACCGAGAUCUCCAACGGCGGACAGUCGCCCGAGACGUCGCUAGACAAUGCGCAGCCGUCGUGCAGACCAGAGACCGAAUCCUCUGGGCCAAAGAGAUCAUCAUCCAGUGGUGGAGAAUGGUGAAAGCGCAGCAGCAACGGCACAACGGCACAGACAGCCAGUACGAGAAGCAGAUCUCUAUGUCCAAGGGGGUCCCUCUACGUGGCCAGCAGUCUCCGUACUGA